GUGAGUUAAAAAUAAAAUAAAUAAAAAUAUCUUAAGGUAAAGAAUUAAAAUCGCAUCAGUGCUUAAAAACCAAAUUUUAAGAGGCAUACCUGCAAAAAUAAAUUUAAAAGCACCUCACAAUAUGGACGCGGACAAUGAAAAUGAGGUGUUAUGCGAGAAAAUCAUAAACGACAUUCAUGCUGUAUUUCUCAAGGAUCCAGACCUCUCUACAUUCGAAAUUAUACCGACUAUUUUAAAUCGCAACAAAUCACCCGUCAUCCAUGCUGAACAUCAUCUCGGCUUGGAGUCAUGGUGUAUGAAACAUGUUUAUGAUCAUGCACAUAAAUCGAUAAUCGGUUAUCGACGCCAACAUCAAUCACGUUAUCUGCAACAUAGCGAUGUGUUGCUAAAGUAUCUAAAUAUUGCGCUACUCGUUAAUCCGGAUGUGACCACAUUCUGGCAUAUACGCCGGCAGAUGGUGCAAACAAAUCAUUUAAAAAUUAAUUGCGAAUUUAAAUUCUCUGCAUUGAUUUUGUCAAAAAAACCGAAAUCGAAUGAGGCGUUCGCAUAUCGGCGUUGGUUGUACUCGUUUCAGAGUCAUGAUGCCAUCGAUUGGCCGAGUGAAUUUGGAAUUUGCGAUCGUUGUGCCGAUCGCAGCUCAAAUAAUUACUUCGCUUGGACCCAUCGUCAGUGGGUGUUGCAAAAUGCGCCCGAUCUGAUACGUUCCGAAUUGAUGAUGACUGAAAAAUUUAUGCGUAAACACAUAAGCGACUACAGUAGCUAUCAUUAUCGUCAAAUAUUGAUAGCACGCGCCUAUGAAUUGUGUUACUAUGAAUCGAAUGAGUUGCAGCACUUACAUAACCUCAAAGAUUUAAUAAGUUAUUACCUGGUUGAUGAUUUAGAAAUACUCAGUACGGCCGAUGUAUUGCAGAUAAUGUUGCCUGGCGUCAAUCAAGUUGCUGUGGGUGAGCCGCGUUUGAGCUCCUUCCUGUAUUGUUGCAAUUUGGCAGCGCAUGAUAUACGCCUGUGUGACGAUCAAAAGAAUAUGUAUGGCGAACGUGAAUCUUUCGAGAAUCAUCGACGCGCCUCGUUGCGUUUUAUUGUAGAGAAUUGUGUGCGUUUGUUGUUGGGUGAGCUGCCGGGCUUGUAUUUGGCGCCCCGCACAUAUGCAGAGCUGCAGGAAUUCAAUGUCGCACUGAAAAAGUUCGAUUAUUCUUCCAAUACAUUUUUGGCGGCGCUAAAGCGCUCGGAGAGUCUAUUGGGCGAGAAACAUCGCAAGUGGUGUACUAUAUUUUUGGGCUUCAAUUAUGCGUGAAGCGUUUGACAAAAAAAAAAAAAAAGAGUAAACUCAUUUUAGAGUUUUUAGAGGCGAAUUAAUUUUUAUACUAGCACAAAGUAAAUAGAAAGCUUUAUGGUUUUAUAUUAUAGACAUGAGCAUAGUAAAUUGGAAAAGUUUUAGCGUUGCCUUAGAAGCAUUUUUGCAAAUACCUAAAAUUUUGAAUAAAACAUCGAAUACAUUUUUUUGUAAAACCUUUCAGUUGAUGAUUUGAGAUCAAUAAUAUUUGUUAGCACCAUAAAAGUUGUUUUUUCUAAAUAUAUAACGAUUACAAAAAAAAAAAACACUGAAUUUACAUUUUUUGAUCAGUUUCGAAAUUUCAAAUUCUAAGUUUAACGCUAAAUUAACGCAAAAAAUGUCAAACAAAAUUAAAAAAGUAUAUAUUUUCUCAAAUUUUUUUUAUGAAAAAUACGAAAAACCCUCUAUAAGAAAACCUUUAAACUUCUUAAGUAAUUUUAAUAGUAAAUUUGCUUAUACUUUGUCUUUUUCUAUUCUAU